AUGACCCAAACUGACCUCAACAUAGCCUGGAACAAUUACAUAUAUUAUGUUAAUGAGCAUGCGUCGGAUGUCAAGGCGAAACUUGAUUCCUUGAAGAGUUUCUUGAGCACGUUCAGCAAAAGUCAACGACCCGGAGAGAAACAUGACAACUUGUUAGGAGGCCACAACAAUAAACAAAAUGACAACAACAACAGAAGACACAAUCACAACAACAACAGCUUCCGAUUCAAAGUGGCCAACAUUCUGGUUCAAGAGUACAUUGACACGUCCGAAUCUAAGAAAAAAUUAACAAGGGACAAGAGUUCUGCUGUCUGUUGUUGGAGAGGUUCAAAAAUGUCUUCAAGUAUGGAUUGA